ACUCUCAAUCUUCUCACUUGUAGCCAUUGAAGUUCCUUUGUUCUUUCUCUUCUUAACUACUCUUUUAGAGAGACCAUGGGAAAGUUUACUCAUGACUGUGUUGCGUCGUCCGGCAUGAAGAAAGGUCCAUGGACUCCAGCAGAGGACCAAAAGCUCUUAGCUUUCGUUCAAAAACAUGGUCAUGGAAAUUGGCUUUCCUUGCCUCAGAAAGCUGGUCUUCAAAGAUGCGGCAAGAGCUGCAGGCUACGAUGGAGAAACUACCUACGACCUGAUAUUAAGAGGGGAAAUUUCAGUUUGCAGGAAGACCAAACCAUCAUUCAACUUCAUGCUCUUUUAGGCAACAGGUGGUCGGCUAUUGCUGCGCACUUACCAAAGAGAACAGACAAUGAGAUCAAGAACCACUGGCACUCUCGUCUCAAGAAACGACUGGCCCUGAAAGGCUAUGACCCUGUAACCCACAAGCCUAAGACUACCAUCUUUGGCUUCGCCAAUGGUUCAACUGAUGACCCAAAGACCGGCUCAAACCUCAACCACAUAGCUCAGUGGGAAAGUGCCAGGCUUCAAGCAGAAGCCAGAUUUGUGAGAGAUUUAGAUUUACACAAACAAGCUUAUCAUCCUUAUAACAAUAAUGAUAUUUCUGCUGCCUCAUCAAUAUUAUUAGGUCAUAAUAAGGACUUUGGGCCGACUGAUCAAUUAUUUGGACAAAACGCACCACAAUGCCUCGACAUAUUGAGAGCCUGGGAAAGCAUCUUAAUGUCAAAUGACUCAAAAGCUGCAGGCGGCCAAGAUCAUGUUAAUUCAUUUGUAGGGCAAUGUUUCGAUGAAAAUUAUGGCACUAGUAUCACUGAACCAUUCGCGGCAGUCCACCACAAUAUGGGGUUUAAAAAUGGGGCAUGCUUGGAGGACUUUGGACUUUGGGAAAUAAUCAUGCAAAGGAAAAAAAAUUGCCCGAUAUCGGGAAUUAGCUUCUACCAAGCCCUUGAUGUCAGGUUGUAUUUACUUGUAGUCAUUCACUUGGGCACUUCUAAAGUGGUCUGGACUGCUAAUAGAGGCUUACUAAUUUCAAAUUCUGAUCAGUUUGCCUCUGACAAAAAUGGGAACGCCUACUUGAGAAGCAGUGACGAUUUGGUUUGGUCUACAAACACAACAGAAGUAGUUUCAGCCAUGCAAUUGCAGGAUUCAGGAAACUUUGUAUUGAAUGGAGUUGGAGACAAAGGAAGCAUUCUUUGGCAGAGUUUUAGCCAUCCUACUGACACUAACCUGUCCAGGAGUUCUCGGAAGGAAUGA